ACGUGCCCAUACAUCAUCAGUAUCAACAAAGACCUACCCGCCCCGAAGGCAGAGGUUUACAUCAGCAAAGACAGCGUGAAGAAUACGUUGAAUUACAUACCAAACGAGAAAGCGAUAUUUAAUUUUUUUUUAUUUUUGUUUGUUUAUUUAAAAAUGGCUUUUAUUAUUUUAUAUCCAGCUGUAGCUGCUUUAGCUUUAUUCAUUGUGGGUGUUAUUAUUAUAAUGUUACGUUUUGGACCACGACUCUGUGGUCUAAGACAUCAUGCCUUGCCCGACAGUGAAGAGUAUCGUGAGCGUGCCUACGAUCAUGAAAUCAGUUAUGCUUGAUAUAUAUAAUUUACAAGUUUUAUUUAAAUUUUUAAAUUAUUUCAAUACUACUUUUAUCCCUCCAUUUUGUUUUAAUGUUUUUUAAGUGCCUUUUUAUAAAUAAACUAUUCUUGUAAGCAGCUUUGUUAGAAUUUAAGUGGAAGAGAGCGAAGA